AUGGGCACACGAGCCUUCCGGCGGCAUCAAUGCCUGGUGGACUCAUCAGACUUUGUGGAAUUCCACGAACGUGGAACACGGCAUAGGAUGGGCUGCGCGGGCAUCAUGUCCAGCGGUUUGUUGCUCCUCACCUUGGUGCUCACAGUCUACGGAGCAGCAGGCACACGGAACAAGUCAUCAUCACCAGCACUUGCAGAAGCUCUGGUUGAAAAGGAUUCUGAGAUCAUCGACUGCCAUCUGAAACCCGAGGAUCAACGCUCCAUGGUGAUCUUUUUGAGCUCCUUUCUUGAGGGUACUGCGCAGAGCACCUUCUUCAGCAUGGUGAGGAAGCUGCCAGCGGCGAAAUCCAGAAGUGUGAGCGAUUUGAAGGUACUGUUGAUCGAAGAUCCUGGCCUACUGAAGAGCUCAUUCUGGAAUUCUGAAGAUCCGAACUUCCACCAAGAAGACGGUUUGACGUACCGAAAGCUCCCGAAGUCUUCCAUCAAGGUGGAACAGGUCAAGGAAUGGACGAGAGGCUUCCAAGGAAUGGACGGUGGAUGGUCCUACGACAAUACCAGAGAUGUUGGGCUGGGCGGAAUCUUUGACCAGAGUGCUUUCACCUACAUCUCCAUUUUUGAUGCCUGUGCCAGUGAAGAGCAAGCACAGGCACUCUUUGAACUACAAUCCCAGGGCAUUCUGCCCACUGUGCCUAUGAGCAUUCACUCGACGAACCCGUGCAUUAAGCGGUUUGAGAAGAUGCUUGAUGAGGUCAGCAUUGUCUUCGCGAACGGGGGGAAUCCAGACAUCCUUGGCUAUGUCUUUCAAAAGUUUGCUCCCCAGCUGGGGAAGAUGAUUUCAUCACGGGUCCGCUCUGGCCGCUUGCUCUACCUCGGAAGGAGUGCAGGUUCCAUGGCAGCUUCAAUCGAUUAUGCCUACACCUACGAACCGAAUCCUCUUCUUGAAGAAGUCUUGCUGCAAGGUGAUACCAGCGGUCUUGCUCUGGCCGGCAGUUGUGCUAUUCGGCCGCACUACGGGAACCUUCUUUGGAACAUACCAACCAGAGUUCUGCAAAAAGCCAGAGGUCAAGUCGGAAUCCUCACAGAAAAUGGAGAAGGUCUAGCCUGCGAUCAAGGUCAUUGCUUUAUGGUUGGGAAGAACUCACGAGAAGGCUUUGACAUCUUCAGCCAGCCCACCUCGCACUUGCCGAGGGUAUUUGAGGCCUACAAAUUUGCCUACAAGAAGUAUGUCCCUCCAAGGCCAAACCUCGUUUCAACCUGCAGACCUGCAGCACCUCAGUGUGGGCACAGCGGCUUGACAGAGCAGUCUAUGCUGAUGCUGGCAAGCUCCAAUUUCGAGGAUCCUGAUGCCAAGGACGCCUUCCAAUCCUUGCUGGACUUGCAAUCCAAGCAGCAUCGAUCCAAGGUGCUGGUGCUGGAUGAUGCGGCAUUCCUCACGUCCGCCUUCUGGGAUGAGAGGAACCCUGCCUUUUCCAGAGCCGAUGGAGUGAACUACCUCAACGCAGGUCUGAAGACGAGUCAGAAGCUUGUGCGAGAAGCGACAGGUGGGUUUGAGGGUAUGGAUGCUGGGUGGAUCCAAUGCACUGAGUGCAAGCUUGGUCUUCCUGGAUUUCCGGCUGAAGUCUUCAGCCACGCCUCUGCCUUCGAUCGCUGUGCGACCGAUGAGCAAAAGAAGGCUCUGUUCCAACUGCAGUCGCAAGGCAUUGCGCCAAAGGUGCAGAUGGGCUCUUUGGCGCAUCCAGAGUGCCUUCAGGAGUUGGAGCAGCUUCUGGAGGAGUCCAGCGUGCUGCUGGUGAACUCCGGGAAUGUUGAUUUUUUGGGUUACGUUUACAAGGUCCUGGUGCCUGACUUUACCGAGAAGCUCACCAACCGCGUGAAAGAUGGCUCUUUGAUUUUCCUGGGCUCCGGCGCCGGCGCGAUAUUGGCCGGGGAGACCUUCGCGCUCACGGCCGCGCCCCGGGUGGAGCUCCUUCAGAUGCUGCUGAUGGGCGAUAUGCAGGGGCUUGGCUUGGCCGGGCAUUGCGCGCUGCGGCCCCACUGGAGCAAUAAAACCAGGCUGUGGGACAUCACAUCUAGCCUUUAUGCCAACGCCGUUGGUGGCAUUGACAUCGUCGGGCUGCAAGACGGAGAUGUGCUGACCUGUUCGCAUGGAAGAUGCGAGAUCCGUGGCCGCACCCAGAAGCGGGGUGCGACGACCCUGGAUUGCGCCGACCAGCCUGGUUUCCAUCGGGGACGCAUCGACAAUGCCAUGGCGUCGAGCUUUGGUUGA